CUGCUCUCGUUAUUUCUUACCCUCCCUUCGUUCUCAUUCUAAUCCAUUGGACUAAUUUCUCUACUAUUAUUAAUAUUUUUUUUUUACAUUGUGCACGCGAAGACUAUUCCAGUCGCUUAUCCCUUGUAAUUCUCUUUCGUCAUAAUCCUUCGUCUCGGGACCCCUUUCUCGUCGCAUCGCCGAUAGCUCGAAUGGGCAACCCCCGUGGACGCCGAACGAACGGCAGCAUCAAGACCAGCAAGGGUACCCAACGUGGUACAGUGUCCAACCUAUUAUCAGACCAACCCCUCGCGGCACGACCCAAGGUCUCGAUUGUCAGCAACGACGACAGCCAGGACAGUUCUGACGGCGGCGCAUCCACGACUCCUUCCACGACCGAAUCCACAGUGAAGACCGCUACGGACGCCACGAGAAGAAAUAUGUUGAGAAAGCCCUCAUCGCCAAUGGCUCCGGCCUUUAUGGUGUCUGCGCCAGGCAAGGUUAUCGUCUAUGGCGAGCAUGCUGUUGUCCACGGCAAGGCAGCCAUGGCUGCGGCCAUUUCCCUCCGGUCCUACCUUCUCGUCACGACGCUGUCCAAAUCGCAGAGGACAAUUACAAUGAAUUUUCGGGAUAUCGGUCUGGACCAUACGUGGAACAUUGACGAGCUGCCGUGGGACGUGUUCCACCAUCCGUCCAAAAAGAAGUUCUACUACGACCUGGUCACCUCCCUUGAUCCGGAACUCGUCGCCGCAAUCCAGCCCCACGCCGAUGCCGUGUCUCCAGAAAAACCAGAGGACGUGCGCAAGAUUCAUCGCCGAUCCGCGUCCGCGUUCCUUUACCUGUUCCUUUCCCUCGGGUCGCCGCAGAACCCCGGAGCGAUCUACACCCUCCGAUCCACCAUCCCCAUCGGCGCAGGUCUCGGCAGCAGCGCCAGCGUCUGCGUCUGUCUGAGCGCUGCGUUACUGCUCCAGAUUCGCACCCUGGCUGGUCCCCAUCCCGACCAACCUCCCGAUGAGGCGGAAGUGCAAAUCGAGCGCAUCAAUCGCUGGGCGUUUGUCGGGGAGAUGUGCACGCACGGGAACCCCAGUGGUGUGGACAACACGGUCUCCGCAGGCGGCAAGGCCGUGGUAUUCCGACGGGAGGACUACUCCCAGCCACCGACUGUCACUCCGCUCCUUAACUUCCCCGAACUACCUCUCUUACUCGUCGACACACGACAAUCCCGCUCAACCGCCGUCGAAGUGGCCAAGGUGGGCAAGCUGAAGGACGAUCACCCGGUCGUGACCGACUCCAUUCUGGAGGCGAUCGACCAGGUGACCCUAGCGGCGCAACAGAAGAUCCAGGAAAUCAGCACCAAUGGUAUCUCAGACCGGACGUUGGAAGACCUGGGUACGCUGAUCCGCAUCAACCACGGCUUCCUCGUAUCGCUCGGUGUCUCGCAUCCCCGCUUAGAGCGAAUCCGCGAGCUUGUCGACUACGCCGACAUUGGAUGGACAAAGUUGACCGGUGCUGGAGGCGGCGGGUGCGCAAUCACGCUUCUCCGUCCGGACAUCAAAGAGGAGGCUGUCCGCGAGCUCGAAGAGAAGCUUUCCACCGAAGGAUUCGUCAAGUACGAGACGACAUUGGGAGGCGACGGCAUCGGCGUUCUCUGGCCGGCCGUUCUUCGCAAUGGCACCGAUGAAGAAGGUGGCGAGGAGAUUGACCAGCAGAAGUUCGAGAACGCAGUAGGCCCCGAGGGCAUCGAGCGUCUCGUGGGCGUCGGCGUCCAGGAGAAGCGGGAAGGUUGGAAAUUCUGGAAACGGUCGCCUCGUUUCUCAUGAUGCCCUCGGACACUCUGCAUCCCUUUUUCUCCCUUUUCUAAAAUUUCGGCUUUCCCCCCAGUAUGCGUCAGAAGACCUUUUGCAUGAUAUGUCUUUCAUCAGCGCUUUUCUCUAACUGUUCUCAUUCAGCCAAUAUCUUUAUCUUCGUUCUUGUAUCAUAUUUCAGAACUCGUUAUGAUGGUGCCUGCUCUUUUCUUGCAUGGCGCUUCUUUUUUAUCGCUCGCUUCUUCCGCGCCAGUUUAUGUUUCAAGUCCUCCAUUUUUUAACCGUUGCGUAUGCUUGUUUGAGGUCGUCAUGGGAGCGUUAACGUCGAGGAUUGAGCGCCGAACGAACUUAUAUAUUUUAUACAACCAGAGUCCAGGGAAUCGCAUGAGAUAGCCAU